CUCCCAACUCCCGGCGCCACCGGGAGCGGCAAGAUGGCGGACGGUGACGGCUUAGGUGAAGCAGCGACUGCUGCGGCGUCUUCUCCUGCCCCUGCUCCUGGCCUGAGCCCGCCGCUGGGCUGGAGGGAGCGGCUGCGGGCCGGGCUGGCAGGCACUGGGGCCUCGCUGUGGUUCGUGGCGGGGCUGGGGCUGCUUUACGCUCUGAGGGUCCCGCUGAGGCUGUGUGAGAAUUUGGCAGCGGUGACAGUAUUUUUAAAUUCAUUGACGCCCAAAUUCUAUGUGGCACUUACAGGGACAUCUUCUUUGAUAUCAGGACUAAUAUUUAUAUUUGAAUGGUGGUACUUCCAUAAGCAUGGCACAUCUUUUAUUGAGCAAGUAUCUGUAAGCCAUUUGCGACCACUGAUGGGAGGAACAGAAGGCAGCAUUUCAGAGCCAGGUUCUCCUUCCAGCAGCAGAGAAAGUGAAACCGGCAGACAGAAUUUGUCAGAAUGCAAGGUAUGGAGAAAUCCUCUAAAUCUUUUCAGAGGAGCAGAAUAUAGGAGAUACACUUGGGUGACUGGUAAAGAGCCACUUACAUACUAUGACAUGAAUUUGUCAGCUCAGGACCAUCAGACCUUUUUCACCUGUGACACGGACUUUUUACGUCCUUCAGACACAGUUAUGCAGAAGGCAUGGAGGGAAAGAAAUCCUCCAGCUCGAAUCAAAGCAGCCUAUCAAGCUUUAGAAUUAAACAAUGACUGUGCUACUGCAUAUGUUCUACUGGCUGAGGAAGAAGCAACAACUAUUGUAGAUGCUGAAAGGUUAUUUAAACAGGCACUCAAGGCAGGAGAAACAAUUUACAGGCGGUCACAACAGUGCCAGCACCAAAGUCCUCAGCAUGAAGCUCAACUGAGGAGAGAUACCAAUGUACUAGUGUAUAUUAAAAGAAGACUGGCAAUGUGUGCAAGAAAAUUAGGAAGAAUAAGAGAAGCAGUAAAAAUAAUGAGAGAUUUGAUGAAAGAAUUUCCUCCUCUUACCAUGUUGAACAUCCAUGAAAAUCUCCUAGAAUCACUUUUAGAAUUACAGGCCUAUGCAGAUGUCCAAGCAGUUCUAGCAAAAUAUGAUGAUAUAAGCCUUCCAAAGUCAGCAGCCAUCUGUUAUACAGCAGCACUAUUGAAGACAAGGACUGUUUCAGAUAAAUUCUCUCCAGAAACAGCCUCCAGAAGAGGGUUAAGCACAGCAGAAAUUAAUGCUGUGGAAGCAAUUCAUAGAGCUGUGGAAUUUAAUCCUCAUGUUCCAAAAUAUUUACUAGAGAUGAAAAGUCUCAUUUUACCUCCAGAACACAUUCUGAAACGGGGCGAUAGUGAAGCAAUUGCCUAUGCUUUCUUUCAUCUUCAGCACUGGAAGCGAAUAGAAGGUGCUCUUAAUCUGUUACAGUGUACAUGGGAAGGCACUUUUAGAAUGAUUCCAUACCCACUAGAGAAAGGCCAUCUAUUUUAUCCUUAUCCCAGCUGCACAGAGACUGCUGAUAGAGAGCUAUUACCUCCGUUUCAUCAUGUUUCUGUUUACCCAAAGAAGGAGCUUCCUUUUUUCAUCCAUUUCACAGCAGGACUGUGUUCUUCUACAGCAAUGAUAGCUCUUCUCACACACCAGUUUCCUGAAAUCAUGGGUGUUUUUGCUAAAGCUAACACCAUGGAGAAAGUGGGAUGGGAGAGCAGAGCUGGGAGUACAAUUCAUGGUCUUGAUGACGCUAAGAAGCUCUCUCUCUCAGAAAGAGCACGCUUUAUUGGGAAGAGAGCACUGCACGUGACCAACAUAUGAAGAGAGUCGGAUGGGCAUCCUAC